AACCCUAGAAGCUUUUCGGCAUAGUCGUCGUUUUCGUUGCAGGGGCUUGUGUGUUUGUUCCCCGAUUAGAUUCGCGAGCUUGCAAUUGAGGUUGUGGGAUUGAGGGACUGAUCGAGGCCUCACCACAGUCAAGCAUCAUGCAGGCUGUCAGAUCGUCGCUGUGGGCGGUUCAUGGGUCAGUUUUGCAACACAUGCGCGUGAGAGCGGUCGUUGCACCAUCCACCACCGGCCUUUGGGGCAAUGGCAAUGCGAGGACAAUGUCGGGCGAGGCACAUGGGACAUACUUGGACCGGCGCGAUGUCAUAGACCGUGUGCUCGCUGUGGUGAAAUCCAACCAAAAAGUCGAUGCCUCGAAGGUGUCCGAGACAGCUAGCUUUAAAGAUAUGGGUCUCGACAGCUUAGAUGAAGUGGAGGUAGUGAUGGCACUCGAAGAGGAAUUCGCACUGGAGAUUCCUGAUGCUGAGGCUGAUAAAAUCAGGUCUGCUUCAGAUGCUAUCGACUUCAUUGCAUCUCAUCCCAGCGCCAAGUAGGUUAAAGAUGUUGCUCAAUCUCACGCUCUCCACGGCUAUUCAGGAUUGAGGCCUUGUGGUUUUUAGUCGAUUAUUUGCUCCUUACCGUGACACCAGGUUCUUACAGCAUGGUUACAUUCUCAUUCAAGAAUGGAAUUGAGUGGCAUUACGAUGCCAGCUUUCAAUGAGGAAAACAUAGUUUGUUCAUUAGUUUUUUGUGUACGUGUGCUUGAUGCAAAUCGGCGCAUAUUCUUCAAACACAUCCUCUCUGGUGCUCCAGUUGUGUCUCAUAAGUGGACUGAAACGUUAAUAAAACUUAUAUUCUCGCCUCACACGACUACCAUUUCGUUA